ACGCCGUCGCUGCAGAGCUACACGUUGGCUGCGGUCUGCAGGGAGUCGGUGUUUUCUUUCUGAUGAAAUAGUGAGGCAGCGUUACCAGGCACGAAUCCACUCGAUUUAUUCCCUUUGAACUGAAAUGUCAAGUAAACUCUUUAGUGUAAACAGUCCCAUUUUAAAAUGUCUGAAAACUUUCCAAAACACUCGGGCGCGGGGCUUUAGCGCUGGAGCCGCAUCCCUUGGUUCAGUGAACUUACAGGGCCGCAGUUUUCUGACUCUGAAAGAUUUCAAUGCAGAUGAAAUCAAGAGGCUGCUGUGGGUGUCAGGGGACCUGAAACAGCGGAUCAAACAUGGCAAGCAGUAUCUGCCUCUUCUUCAAGGGAAGUCGAUUGCCAUGAUAUUUGAGAAGAGGAGCACCAGAACCAGAAUGUCCACAGAAACAGGCUUUGCUUUGCUGGGUGGGCACCCGUGUUUCCUUACUUCCCAGGACAUCCACCUGGGUGUGAAUGAGAGCUGCAGAGAUACAGCAAAGGUUCUCUCUGGACUCUGCGAUAUUGUCUUGGCGAGAGUUUACAGCCACUCCAUGCUGGAGGACCUGGACAAGGAGGCUUCCAUCCCCAUCAUUAACGGCCUGUCUGACCUCUACCACCCAAUCCAGAUCAUGGCUGACUUCCUCACCUUACAGGAGCACUAUGGAUCGCUCAGUGGACUGACAGUGAGCUGGAUUGGAGACGGCAACAACGUCCUCCACUCCUUCAUGAUGACUGCAGCCAAACUGGGAGUUCAUCUGAAGAUUGCCACACCAAAGGGUUAUGGACCAGAAAACAGUGUACUACAAGAGGCACAAAGGCUCUCCAAGCAGCAUGGGACCCAAUUGGUUCUGACCUCUGACCCGAUGGAGGCAGCCCACAGCAGCAAUGUCCUGGUUACUGACACCUGGGUCAGCAUGGGCCAGGAGGAGGAGAAGAAAAAGAGGCUCAAAGACUUCCAUGGUUACCAGAUUACCAUGCAGACGGGAAGUGUGGCGAACCCAGACUGGACCUUCCUGCACUGCCUGCCCCGCAAACAGGAGGAGGUGGAUGACCAGGUGUUCUACUCAUCCCGCUCGCUGGUCUUCCCCGAGGCCGAGAACAGGAAGUGGACCAUCAUGGGUCUGAUGGUGUCUCUUUUGACAGACUACGCUCCACAGAGUCCAAUGCCAAAGUUUUAACUUUGGGUCUUACUACCAAAUACCUUGACUACACAACAGCCUUAAGCGAGGGAACAAUGUUUUAUAAGAGGAAUAUUCCUACCACAUGGACAAGCCUGACUUUUUUUUUACUUUCAACACUACGUUCUCUACAUUUGUUUACAGUUCAUUUUGAGGAGGUGUUACAGUUCAUUUUGAGGAGGUGCUAUUGCCCUGCCUUUUGUUCUUUCCUUUAUUUUCCUUUGUCUUUAUUUCAGAAACAGGAUGACACAUCACAAAAAAUGAGCCACAGAAUAAAAUCAUGGUGUGGAGAAAUCCUGUACAACUUAAAUGGGUCCUCGUGUAAUUUUAUUUU